AUGUCUUUUUUCAAAGUGACGCUUAAAAGAUCCCUUAUAGGGCUUCCUCAAAAAACCAAAUUGACAGCUGAAGCAUUAGGUGUUGGUUCUAAAAGAACAGGACGUACAGUUUACAAAACAAUCAAUCCAAGUAAUGCAGGUUUAAUUCUAAAAUUAAAAGAAUUAGUUGAUGUGGAAAUUGUUGAUGAAGCUAAAACACAAGCUGAAAUAAGUGCUUCUAGAAAAUCUAAUCCAGGGUUUGUUGUUGAAAGAAAAAAUAAUAGUACAACUGAUCAAAGUGUAUGA